CGGCGCGUUGCCCCCUGCCAGACAGCACGGCCAACGCCACCCCACCAGUCCAACAGCAGGCGGUGGCCGAGGAGGAGGGAAUAGCCGAAUAGGGAUUUUUGAGGUUUUCGGCGGCAGAAAUACGAGCGAAAACUCAAAACAGGCGCGCGACUGAAGAGAGAGCGCUAGCUGGAAGAGACGGGCGAGCCGAUCUGGCGUGGCAGCCGUUCCCUGCCCCGUCCCCGCAUAAAUCCCAACAAGGACGCUGGCGCUGCGUGUAUCUCCCUCGCAAGAGACAAAAAAAAAUAUCACACACACGGCGCGGCGGUCAUAGUGCGGCUGAUUCGGAUCGGGCACUAGCUACAUGACCACCCUCCUCGCCAAUAGGAUCACUACGCUCGUGCGCGCCCCUCCUCCUCCCAUGGCCGCCGCCGCCGUCGCGGGAGCGCGGAGGCCAUUGCACCGGACCUUGGCGCACCCGCCACCGCCCGAGGAGGACGAGCAUCAGCAGCAGCGCGCGUGCCGCAGCAGGGGAUCCUCGUCCUCCUGCUCGGCUUCCUCGUCAUCGACGCCCGCCCGGCCCCGGGGCACGGGGAUGGUGGUGAUCGUCGGCGCCACGGGCACCGGGAAGACCAAGCUGUCCAUCGACGCCGCGGAGGCGGUCGGCGGGGAGGUGGUGAACGCGGAUAAGAUCCAGCUCUACGCCGGGCUGGACGUGACCACGAACAAGGUGGCCCCCGCGGACCGCCGCGGCGUGCCGCACCACCUCCUCGGCGCCAUCCGCCCCGAGGCCGGCGAGCUCCCGCCCUCCACGUUCCGCUCCCUCGCCGCCGCCACGGCCGCCUCGAUCGCCGCGCGCGGCCGCCUGCCGGUCGUCGCGGGCGGCUCCAACUCCCUCAUCCACGCGCUCCUCGCCGACCGCCUCGACGCCGGCGCCGCCGACCCCUUCUCCGCUCCACCGCAGCCGGCGCCGCCGCGGUGGGGCCGCCGGCCCGCGCUCCGAUCCCCGUGCUGUCUCCUCUGGGUCCACGUCGACGCCGCGCUCCUCGCGGAGUACCUGGACCGGCGCGUGGACGACAUGGUGCGCGGCGGCAUGGUGGAGGAGCUGCGGGAGUACUUCGCCGCGACCACCGCCGCCGAGCGCGCCGCGCACGCCGCGGGGCUGGGCAGGGCCAUCGGCGUGCCCGAGCUGGGCGCCUGCUUCGCGGGGCGCGCCAGCUUCCGCGCCGCGAUCGACGACAUCAAGGCCAACACGCGGGACCUGGCGGCCGCGCAGGUGCGCAAGAUCCGACGCAUGGCCGAUGCCUGGGGCUGGCCCAUCCAGCGGCUCGACGCGUCGGCCACAGUCCGCGCGCGCCUCCGCGGCGCGGGGCCCGACGCGGAGUCGGCGUGCUGGGAGCGCGACGUGCGCGCGCCCGGGCUCGCCGCCAUCCGGAGCUUCCUUCUAGAGCUGGACGGCGGCAGCGUCGUCGACGGCGCUGUGGUGGAGGAGGUGGAGCCGCGGGUGCGAUGCUGCGACGUGGUGGGGUGAGCGAGCUCGGUCCUCAGCUGCUGUCACUUUCCGGGCGGAGUUAUUCGCGAUAUACGCCGCGAAAAGGCUGCGGGGGGCUUUUGGACUCGAGGGUUUAGGCCGCCGAUUUUGCAGGGUCCCGGCGGCCGCUGACCGGUGGGGUCCGGCGAAGGGCACAGCGAGUGAGUGAGUGACACAGGGACAUGAGAAUGAGAGAAGGAGACAGAGGGAGAAAAGAAAAUGCUUCAUGUUUAGUGUUUACUACAAAUCAUUACUAUUAGUUACCAUUAGUGUAGGCAGAGAUAAGCAUUGAUGAAGGGAGAGGGAGGAGACUGUGAAUUCGAGGGGUAUCUUUUCUUCUUUUUGCUUUUGGUUCGUCCGUUCCCUAACUGCACCACUGUAUGUACGUACUACUAAUCCACCACUACUAGACAGUUCAAAUUUUGAAAUACACUUAUGCAGUACAGCUGAGCCUGCUUCCAUUU